AUGGCGUACAACGCUCAUGUGUUCGGUGGUGGCGGCCGUGGCUUCUCCAUGCCACCUGGCGCUCCAAGCUCCGGACGAGGUGGCAUUGGGGACCCCAUGGCUUAUGGCGGUGGCAUUGGGGGCCCCAUGGCGUACGGCGCUGGCCGUGGCUUCUCCAUGCCACCGGGCGCUUCGAGCUUCGGAGGAGGUGGCCGCGGCCGAGCUUCGUCAUCUGCAGCCCCUGUAGAGGACGUUGACGAUGAUGACGACAUCGAAGACGAAGAUGAGAAUGCGCCUGAUGGAAAGAGUACAUUUGACAAGGCUAAUUGGACAGAAGAAAAUAUUUUUACAUUAUGUGACAUAGCUUGUGAAGAAGCUAGGGAUGGAAAUUGUCCCAAUGGAGUUUGGACAACUAGACGAUAUCAGAAUGUGAAGACCAAAUUUUUUCAGAGGGCGCGACUGAGACACUCAUCCAAACAAAUUAAAAACAAAAUGAAUCAAUUGAAGAAAUGGUAUGUUGCUUGGGCGUGGCUGGGCACCAAGACUGGAAAAGGGAUAGCAGAAAAUGGUGAUUAUGUUGCACCAGCUUCGUGGUGGGCAAAGAAAAUUAAGGAAAACAAAAAUGCCAAGAAAUUUCAGUUUGGCAAUCCUGAGUACUUGGAUAUGCUUAUAGAGUUGUACCAAGGUGUGGCAGUAGAUGGAUCCACUGCAUACUUCCCUGGAGAUGAAGAAGAUGAGGGACUUGUGCAGCCAGCUGGUGAUGAGGAUGCGGCCGGUGAGGGAUUUGUGCAGCCACCUGGUGGACGCUUUUCUGGUGAUGAUGGAUUUGAGAACAGCCCCAUGAGCACUAGCAGCCGCAAAAAGGGGUCUAGUUCUUGUGACAAUUUAACCGCCACUAGCCCUGGCAAGAAAAGCAAGAGCCCAGUGGUCAAGCUCAUGAGGGGUCUACUGACUUCUUUCCAGUCUGAUAGUGAAAAGUCUACUCAACUCAUAACUGAAUUAGUAAACAGAAAAGGCAAGUCAAGAGAGAAGAGUCAAAACAUCUUUGUUGAGGAGUUGACUCGGUGCCAGCAGUUGGCAAUAGAGUGUGGGGCACCAGAAGAGUCUGUUGAGUACUUUUGCGCAACACAAUUAUUUGCUAAGCCCCACAAUAGGAUCAUGUUUAUGAACAUGAAAUCUAAAGAGGCCAGGCUAGUGUGGUUGAAGAGGUGGUGCCAACAAAAGAAUCUGAUGUAG